AGACUACAACUCAUACAUGUAAUUGCUGGUUCGCAGCUAGGGUUUUUCUUUUAUAUAAUUUCGUUUAAUUUAUUUUUAAAUAAAUUGAUCCAUCGAAGCAAUGCGUAUGCGCAUUUUAUUGAUUCGCAUUGCUUUUUCGUUGCUGAAUAUUCUUUACCUCUAUUCGGAAGCGACUCUUCUUUGUUCUGAUUUUAUUUGUAAUUCGUGAAGUGAUAUUGCUGGAAAUGAACUGGAAAUUAACUGUGAUGUUUGUUUGAAUGUAGAGAGACUUGUUUUAUUUGACUAUAACAGUUAAUUUACUUGUUUCUUUUGUAAGUUUUUUCAACUGUGAGUUUAGGUUUGGAACAGAUCAAGGCUUGGAUACUGUUUUCGACUGAAGAAAAAAGAAUAAUAAGUUAGAAGAAAAUGUUCGGCUCAACUAACCCUUUUGGGCAGUCAUCUAGUAGCCCAUUUGGGUCCCAAUCAGUCUUUGGACAGACCAACAAUGCAAGUAACAAUCCUUUUGCUCCCAAACCAUUUGGUACCACAACUCCUUUUGGUUCAACAGGUUCCAUGUUUGGUGGCACUUCAACCGGUGUAUUUGGUGCUGCCCAGACUUCACCUUUCUCGUCUACAACGACCUUUGGUGCAUCAUCAUCACCAGCCUUUGGAAGUUCAAUGCCUGCUUUUGGAGCAUCCUCCACUCCUGCCUUUGGUAGCUCAUCAUCAGCAUUUGGUGGUUCUUCUGUUUUCGGUGCAAAGCCUGCUUUCGGCUUUGGCUCCACUCCUACUCAAACAAGUCCUUUUGGAGGCACAACUCAGCAAUCACAGCCUGCAUUUGGAAGCAGUUUAUUUGGUUCCUCCACACCUUUUGGUGCAUCAAGUCAGUCAGCAUUUGGUGCAACAAGCAGCCCUGCCUUUGGGGCUGCAAGUACCCCUGCCUUUGGGGCUGCAAGUACUCCUGCCUUUGGGGCUACAAGCACCCCAGCCUUUGGUGCUACGAGCACUCCAACCUUUGGUAGCACAGGGACUACAUUUGGUGCAUCAACUGCUCCAGCUUUUGGUUCUGGGGGAGCAUUUGGGGCUUCAAGCACCCCUCUAUUUGGAUCAUCAAGCACCCCUGCAUUUGGAGCCUCUAGCACUCCCGCUUUUGGGGCUUCAAGCACUCCCGCUUUUGGGGCCUCUAGUGCUCUUCCUUUUGGGGCUUCAAGUACUCCUGCCUUCGGUGCUUCAAGUGCUCCUGCCUUUGGGGCAUCUAGUUCUGCAUCUUUCAGUUUUGGGUCCUCGCCUGCUUUUGGCCAGUCAACUUCUGCAUUUGGUAGCAGCCCAUUUGGAACCAGUACAUCCCCCUUUGGAGCACAGAGUUCACCAUUUGGAUCCCAAGCCACGACACCAACAUUUGGAAGCACUCCAUUUGGGCAGUCCAAUAUUGGGGUUCAACGUGGUGGAAGUAGAGUGGCUGCUUACACACCUACAACUGAAGCAGAUACUGGUAGUAGUACGCAGCCUGCUGGAAAGUUGGAAUCGAUAUGUGCCAUGCCUGUCUACAAAGAUAAAAGCCAUGAGGAGCUGAGAUGGGAGGAUUAUCAAUUGGGUGAUAAAGGUGGACCACCUCCUGCUGGUCAGUCUGCUGGGGGAAUUGGCUUUGGUGUGUCAGCUGCUCCAUCAAGCCCCUUUGCUGCUCCAUCUGUAUUUGGUGCAUCAUCAGCUAGUCCUUUUUCCAGCACUACAUCUUCAAAUUUAUUUGCUCCCAAAACUUCAACUUUUACUGGAUCAAGUUUUGGAACCACCACAUCAACUGCUUUUGGUGCUUCACCUUUUGGUGUGUCAUCUGCACCCAAUCCUUUUGGAUCAACUUCAUCUGCAGCUCCUUCCAUAUUUGGGCUUGGGACAUCAACUUCUGCAUUUGGUGCCAAUUCAUCUCCACCUACUUUUGGUUCGUCACCAUCCCUCUUCAAUAGUACAGCAGCCCAGGGUACAAUGUCAUCAUUUGGCUCUGGCUUGAAUUUUGGUAGUCAGUCAUCUCCCUUGUUCAGUUCUGCUGCCCCUGGACAGGCAGGUUCUGGUUUUGGACUGACCACCUCUUCAUUUGGAAACAGUAGUACUAUGUCUUCUUUUGGUACUUCAAAUAUAUUUAGCACACCUUCCACUGGAUUUUCUGGUGGCAUUUUCUCAAGCACUCCAUCACUUGCUCCUUCUAGCACACCAUUGUUCGGUCAACCAACUCCCUCUGUUUCUAUGCCAUUUCAACUGGGUCAACCUGCUCAGACUGGUGGUACUUUUGGAUUUAGCAACUUGGGUCAGACACACGCAGGUGCAGGUAAUACAAGUAACUUCACUGGCUCGUUGGGAACUCUUGGUCAGAAUAACUUUGGACAACUGUCUGCCACUCCGAGUUCUGUUGCUGUGCAACCUAUUGUGGUUACAAAUCCAUUUGGGACACUCCCUGCAAUGCCUCAAAUGUCAAUUGGUCGUGCUGGAACUGCUCCUUCAAUCCAAUAUGGAAUUUCUAGCAUGCCAGUUGUUGAAAAAUCAGCUCCUGUCAGAAUAUCAUCCUUAUUGACUUCUCGACAUUUGUCACAAAGGCGGAUCAGGUUGCCUGCUAGGAAAUAUAAUCCCAAGAAUGAUGGUCUGAAGGUUCCUUUUUUUGUUGAUGAUGAAGAGACACCCAGCACUCCAAAAGCAGAUGCCCUUUUUAUUCCCAGGGAGAACCCAAGAUCUCUAGUUAUUCGUCCUACGGAACACUUUCCCUUAGGUGCUAGUGCAGCAAAGACAUCAUUAAAAAAUACGUCUCAUGUACCUGAGAAUGGUAAAAUCCCAGAAGAUGGAUCCAAUUCUGAAGAUAAAGAUAAAAAUCCUCUUGAAUAUGGAGCUGUGAAAGACCGAGUACAUCCUGUCAAAAUUGAUCACAAACAGAAUGGAGUCCGUGAUGAUCGUACUGUAGAAAGAGAUGACUCAUAUAUGACACUCAGUGGCCACAGAGCUGGCGAGGCUGCAAUUGUGUAUGAGCAUGGGGCCAACAUCGAGGCACUGAUGCCGAAGCUCCGACGAUCUGACUACUACACAGAACCUCGGAUCCAAGAACUUGCAGCAAAGGAAAGGGCUGAGCCAGGAUACUCUCGGUGUGUUAAGGACUUUGUUGUUGGACGCCAUGGCUAUGGAAGCAUCAAGUUCUUGGGUGAAACAGAUGUGCGACGGCUUGACCUUGAGUCUCUUGUUCAGUUUAACAACCGUGAGGUGAUUGUGUACAUGGACGAUAGCAAGAAACCUCCUGUUGGGCAAGGUCUUAAUAAGCCUGCAGAAGUAACGCUCCUAAAUAUAAAAUGCUUUGACAAAAAGACUGGAAUUCAGUAUACAGAAGGGCCAAAAAUUGAUAGAUACAGGGAGAUGCUGAAGCGGAAGGCUGAGGACCAAGGUGCUGAAUUUCUAUCCUAUGACCCCGUCAAGGGUGAGUGGAAGUUCAGGGUUAACCAUUUCAGUGAGUACAAAUUGGAAGAUGAAGAGGAGGAAGAGGACCAGAAUGGUAGCGCCGCACCAGGUUGCUGACUAGAUGGUCUGUACUGUGUGUAAUUUGCUGGUGUUAGGACCCCAGGUAAAAAAAGGGUUUUGUUCUAGAGCUUGAUUUGUGUUUGUAUAAAAUUUGUUAAAUUGUUAAUGGCAUUUGUUGCAUUGUGGUUUCUUUAGGUUUUUUUUAUGCUCCAUUGUACUUGUAUUGUUUCUAUAUUUGUGUUGUUCAAUUCACCCAAUCUUCUGGUCA